AUGUGCGGCAUCGUGCCGCUGCGAUGGCACGGUACGCAGUACUUGUUUGAUCUCAAGGUCUGGCUCUGGCUCCACCUUGAUGAACUGGAACCUGUCGCGGACAAGCCGUCGCCCAUACUGCCGUUCAGCGCACCAACCCUGCCCACCAAGCCGACCAACGCAACUUUGGACAGGCCGACUUUGCUUGGUAUGCGCUCGGCGCAGCGCCUCCUUGGCCUUAUGGGGAUGGGCUACAUAGGCAUCACUCUCUGGAGUAACGCUGCGUACUUGAACGUCCUGGAGACGGCGCUGGCCAACGACUAUGGCUGGGCCGGCUUCAACGCUACUGGGAUGCACGCCUUCCUCGCCAACACUUUCAACCGCCAGCUUCUCAUGUCCACCGACGCUUCAAUUGCACUGCACGACCCAGCGUUCGGGGAUCCACUGCAGUCGUACAACACGUCGGCCACCACUGUCGCGUGGUAUCCCUCGGUGGCGCGCCGGUACCUCUUCAAUGCAUCGACGCCGUUGCACGAGCUGGUGGCAGGUCUCCGGGCCCUACAUCCGUGUCAACUACCGUGGAUGUUUACGCAGUACUGCUGGCUGGACCUGGAUCAGAAAUGGGAGAUGGCCAGCACGAGCCAGCGACAGGUUCGGUGUGCAGCUCUCAGUCAGCACAACGGUGCCCGGUAUCUCGAGACGAGUCUGCGCAAUGUACGAGACUGGACUUUAUGGCGAUCGUGCUGGGGUACCUCGUUCGACAUUGGCAUCGGCAACGACCUGGCAGCGUCCGUAGUAGGUCGUCAGUGGCUCCAGCGUGUCCAAGCAAAUACCUUGUCCGUGUCAGAAGAAGUCGCAUACUGGGUGAACCAUGGCCUCUCGGUGUUCUUGCUGCAGUGGCAAAACUUCAAAGACACGGGUCUCAGUGACGCGAUGGUCAUUUCGACGCCGUUUGGGCUCUCGUACACGCUGCCUAUCAGUGAGCGCCGCGGCGCCGUACAUCUCGACUACCAGACGUCGCAUCGCAUGUACUGGGGACUCGCGAGUGACCUCUGGGCCGUGAGCAAUAACGCGACCAGCGUCGGCGGCUUGUCGCUCUUGCGCAACAGUCCCCACUUUGCCUUUGCCAACGCGACACGCGCGAGUUUGCUCUUCGAGAAUCUGACGCUCUCGUCGCCGCUCAACGCUGGUUUGGCGCUGUAUAAUAGCUCGUUGGGGCCAUUUGGCGCUGUCGACAUGGUGUUCGUAAGCUGUCCGACGUCGCUUCUCGCACUCUACCGCUACGUCCUGCAAGCGAUCGCGACUGUGACCAGCACCAACCUUGAAGCACAGAGGCAAUUUCUCCAUCUGCCUGCCAAGACAUACAUCGGUCAAGUGCCCAAGCAUUUACUGAACGACGCCAGUCUGCGCCUUGUGGGGGGUGACCUCAUGUGCGGCAGCGUCCUUCCGGGAUCUCCGCCUUCCAACGCCCUGUUUGCAUUAUUUGGCUUGGACGCGGUAUGCGGCUCGCGGUACCUGGACUUUUUCACCCCGUCCACGACCGGUCUCGUCUUUGCACUUGCUGCGUUUGAUGCAGUGCAUCGCAUCGAGCCAACUAUCGAUUUGGGAGCCUUCUGUGCGAGUGAUGUCUACGCCGAGCCCAACUGCGAGGCCAUCUACAGCGCGUCAUACACCUACGCGAGGACCUAUUUUUCAGGUUCAACAACGCUCCAAGCGUUGGCUGUCGCCGCCGAGGUCGACACCCGAUCUCUCUAUAUCGAGAUGACCCAGUACAUCAACCGCAGCGGCAUUAUCGAACUGUACCGAAUCAAUAUUCUGGAUCUGACCGUCCGCUCCUGGACGUUCUUUGGUUGGAACUAUUUGGCCGAGUGGGUCGUCGGUCAGCGGGAAGUUGUCUCGUUCCAAGGUGACGGCGGCACCGUCACAUCGAUAUCUCGCUACACGCCCCUCGCAACGCUCUCUCUCACCGAGGCAGCGAUCCCAACGCGACUCUCGUACAGCUGUCAGCAGUGCGUCCGGUACGUCACUGGUGCCAUCAUGGUGGGUGCGGGGGUUGCUGCCUACUACGCCAUCUUUGUUUGCCACGGCUGCAUUGAAGGCAUGAACCUCUUCGCGGUGAACCGACUCCUUGGCCACGCGUGGAUUGGCCGAACGCUGCUCAUCAUCCGAGGAAUCACGGCGCUUUGGCUGCUCAACACACCGCCCCUACAGCUACUGGCAUUUGGCGUCGGUGCUCGCUUUCAAGUGUCGCCGCUUGGGUGGUUCCCGACGCUCCUCGCUUCGUCCGAGCUCACAUGGCUGGUCUACAUCGCCAACGACCUCUUCAGCUGUGUUACGCGGCAGUACACACAACUCUACGCCUGGAAGAGCUCGGUCGCAGCGUGCUUAUUCGCAGCAGCCUGGUCGUUCAAGGACCCCCGAGAGUACACGACCUACGUGCGCCGGAGCUGCAACUACAUUGACAUGGAUGUGGCUCUGAGCUGCAAAAGUGGCUACAUCGAGCUCGGCCUUUGGCGCCGCGUCGGCGUUGACGUCGGCCUCUGUCUCAGCUGUGUCUUUUUGGCGGCUUGUGUCGAGCGACUACGGCAUCCGCAUCUUUUGGCGCCACCCAAACCGUCACUCUUGCUCAAUGCGACGAGUGUCUACUCGUUGGAAAUGGCCAACUGGACAGUAGACGGCGACGUCUACUUGGACCGCAUGUCAGCCGCGUUGACGGGCUUGUUUACAUGGCGAGUGCGCGGCGUUAUACAUGUGUUUGACAUCAAGAGCUGGCGGCAUUUCACAGCCACGCCCGAAUCCAAGAGCCUCUUGGACCCGGCCUUUGUCCUACCCCUCCACCGCAUUUGCUGAGUGGUGCGAGCCAUUGAAAAGGCAGAGCAUACCACGUAGAGGAAGUAUCGCCAAGACCUCGAUAGGCCGCAUCAGCAUCGUCAGGACGACACUAUUGUUGAUUAGCAGAGUUUGCAUACACUAAGCAUUACGAGCUUUUGUUUCUU